AGAAAAGCUAACCACCUUUCAGAAAUUCUAUUGGAGUUCACAAGUUGCUGUGUUGUCUAGAAUCCAUUGGUGGGUCUGCCUCCCCCAACCUCUUUUUGUGCUGCCUCUGCAUCUUCAGGGUCUAUAAAACAUGGAGGAUUGUGAAUCAGAGGGAGCAUCCCAAAACUGCUUUCUGGAGGAAGCUUUUGCUUAGAAUAUUUUCUGCAUAUCAAUAGGGAUGGAGUUGUUUGAGAAAUCAAAGCCCUAUAUUGCAAUGUCUUCCCUCCAGUUUGGGUAUGCUGGGAUGAAUAUCAUAACUAAGGUUUCUCUCAAUCAUGGAAUGAGUCACUUUGUCCUGGUAGUUUACAGACAUGCUGUUGCUACAGCUGUCCUUGCUCCAUUUGCUUUCUUCCUAGAAAGGAAGGUGCGACCAAAACUCACGUUUUCGAUAUUUUGUCAGAUUUUUGCGCUGGGUUUGUUGGGGCCUGUAAUUGAUCAGAAUUUUUACUACCUGGGUCUGAAGUAUACUUCCCCUACUUUUGGGUGUGCAAUGAGUAACUUACUCCCUGCUAUGACUUUUAUAUUAGCUCUCAUCUUCAGGAUGGAGAAAGUAAAGAUUCGAGAGAUACGUAGUCAAGCAAAGAUUCUGGGAACUAUGGUAUGUGUAGGGGGAGCAAUGUUGAUGACCUUGUACAAAGGUCCCAUUGUUCCCAUGUUUUGGAAUUCACAUAAGCAUGGCCACUCCUCAAGUACUGCUGCCUCUCAUGACAAUGAUAGUGACUGGCUCAAAGGUUGCCUCUGUUUACUUGCUGCCACCCUUGCUUGGGCAGGCUUGUUUGUUCUUCAGGCUUCUGUUCUUAAGAAGUAUUCAGCCCAACUUUCGCUUGCUACCUUAAUAUGCUUCCUGGGCACAUUACAGUCAACUGCAAUCACCCUGGCUGUUGAACGACGUCCAUCUGCCUGGCAAAUCGGAUGGGACAUGAACCUGCUUACUGCAGUUUACUCUGGAGUAGUGGCUUCAGGAAUUGCCUAUUAUGUGCAAGGAUUGUGCAUGAGAGAGAAAGGACCCGUUUUUGCCACUGCAUUCAGUCCAUUGAUGAUGAUUAUUGUAGCAAUCAUGGACUCCGCCAUUCUUUCUCAGAGCAUCUAUGUUGGCAGUGUGGUGGGAGGAGUGCUGAUAGUUGUGGGACUCUACUGUGUUCUGUGGGGCAAAGUCAAGGAUGUCAAGAUCUCCCAAUGCACAGCCUCUGCCUCAGAGUUCAUACUUCCCACCAAGGCACUACCCAACAAACAAGAGAAUAUGGAAGCAAGUGAGACAGUUGCAGACAAGAUAGAUAUUACUGUUUUCAAUGUAAAAAGCAAGCAGAAUGAGGAAAAGUAGAAGCUUGUGAAAAAGAGAAUGUGCAGGUCUGAAUUAUAGUUUUAUAAUUUUGAAGAGCAUUGAAGGGAGUGAGUGUGAGCGUGGUACAGUUUAGAAUAUUUGGUAGGGGAACACGCAUGCAUGAUUGAUUCUCUACGUCCAUUCGACGUGAUGUGAAUGGAAUGUUAAGCACUUGUUUUUAUAUUCUUCCAUAAAUUAAAAGAAUGCUUUUGUUUCAUUAAAAAAAAUAAAGAGAAUGCUUUUGUAAA